AUGGCUGUGGCAAGAGUGCCCAGCCCUCCACCACAAGAAGGUAACACUCCAGUGGCGGAAAGUUGGUGGUCAGAAGCAGUAAAAGUAGUGAAAUUCAGUUACAUGUGGACAAUAAACAAUUUCAGUUUCUGCCGAGAGGAAAUGGGUGAAGUAUUGAAAUCAUCAACCUUUUCAGCGGGGGCUAACGACAAAUUAAAAUGGUGCCUGCGAGUCAAUCCAAAGGGCCUCGACGAGGAAUCCAAAGACUACCUCUCCCUUUAUCUUCUCCUAGUCUCUUGUAACAAGUCAGAAGUACGGGCCAAAUUUAAAUUUUCUAUAUUAAAUGCAAAGAGGGAGGAAACAAAAGCUAUGGAGAGCCAAAGAGCGUACAGAUUUGUACAAGGAAAAGACUGGGGAUUUAAAAAAUUUAUAAGAAGAGACUUUUUGUUGGACGAAGCAAAUGGGUUAUUGCCCGAUGACAAACUUACAAUAUUUUGUGAGGUUAGCGUCGUUGCAGAUUCCAUUAACAUCUCAGGGCAAAGCAAUGCGGUACAGUUCAAAGUUCCAGAAUGUCGAUUAUCCGAUGAUUUCGGGUCGUUAUUCGAUAAUCAAAAAUUUAGUGAUGUUACUUUAUCCGUUUGCGGUAGAGAGUUCCAGGCACACAAAGCCGUUUUAGCUGCUAGAAGUAUGGUUUUUGCCGCCAUGUUCGAACACGCGAUGGAAGAAAGUAAACACAAUCGGGUAGAGAUCACGGAUGUCGAUCACGAGGUUUUAAGGGAAAUGUUACGUUUUAUAUAUACAGGCAUGGCUUCCAAUUUGGAAGAAAUGGCUGGCGAUCUCUUAGCAGCAGCAGAUAAAUACGCUCUUGAAAGGCUGAAAGUCAUGUGCGAAGAAGCUCUUUGCACGGGUUUAUCAACAGAAAAUGCUGCGGAAACCCUAAUAUUGGCUGAUCUCCAUACUGCUAAUCAACUCAAAGCACAAGCUAUAGAUUUUAUAAAUACGCACGCGACUGAAGUUAUGGAGACGUCAGGUUGGAAAUCCAUGAUAAAUUCUCAUCCGAAUCUUAUCGAAGAAGCAUAUCGAGCUUUGGCAACGCAACAAAAUCCUCCGAUCGGACCACCGAGAAAACGCGUCAAGCAAAGCUGA